AUGGCGACCCCAGGAAAUACAAACCACCGCGCCUGGUGGAAAGAAAGCUCCGUGUACCAGAUCUGGCCUGCAUCCUUCAAGGAUUCAAAUAACGAUGGUAUCGGUGACAUCCCCGGCAUCAUCUCCGAGCUGGACUACAUCAAGAAUCUCGCCGUCGAUAUCGUCUGGCUGUGUCCAUCGUACAAAUCACCCCAGGUGGACAUGGGCUAUGAUAUCUCCGACUACUACAACAUCGCCGAUGAGUAUGGCACAGUUGAAGAUGUCGAGAAGUUGAUUGCCGGCUGCCACCAGCGCGGUCUGAAACUCUUGAUGGACCUAGUCGUCAACCACACCAGUGACCAGCAUGAAUGGUUCAAGCAGUCGCGUAGCUCCAAAGAUAAUGAGUACCGUAACUGGUAUAUCUGGAAGCCGGCCAAAUACGAUGAGCAGGGCAAUCGCCGCCCUCCCAACAACUGGGUUUCUCAUUUCCAGGGAAGCGCCUGGCAAUGGGAUGAGCAGACCCAAGAAUACUAUCUGCACCUAUACGCGGUCGAGCAACCCGAUCUCAACUGGGAACACCCACCCGUCCGCAAGGCUGUGCACGAUAUCAUGCGAUUCUGGCUCGACAAAGGCUGCGACGGGUUCCGUAUGGAUGUGAUCAACUUCAUUAGCAAGGAACAGAGCUUCCCCGACGCACCUAUCAAGGACCCACGCACUCCCUGGCAGUGGGGAGACAAGUGGUACGCCAAUGGCCCGCGCUUGCAUGAAUAUCUCCAGGGUCUUGGUAAGAUUCUCCAGGAGUAUGAUGCCUUCAGUGUGGGUGAGAUGCCGUUCGUGACCGACGAGAAAGAGGUGCUCCGUGCUGUGCAGUUUGACCGCAAUGAAAUCAAUAUGAUCUUCAAUUUCGAACAUGUUGAUAUUGACCAUGGCAAAUAUGACAAAUUCGAGCCUGGCAGCUGGAAGCUCACUGACUUGAAGGACUUCUUUGAGCGUUGGCAGACUUUCAUGUACGACAAUGAUGGCUGGAAUGCACUCUACUGGGAGAACCAUGAUCAGCCACGUUCUAUUGAUCGUUAUACAAAUGCCAGUGAAGAGCAUCGACUGGUCGCAUCUAAGAUGUUGGCUACUGCCCUAGCGUUGCAGGCUGGUACUCCAUUUGUCUACCAAGGACAAGAGCUGGGAACCAGGAAUGUGCCCAAAUCGUGGGGCAUUGAAGAAUACAAAGACAUCGAUUGUCUGAAUCACUGGAAGAGAAUCCCAAAGGACGACACCGCUGCCCAAGCAAUUGCUCUCCAAGAAUAUCAGAAGAAGUCACGCGACAACGGUCGCACUCCAGUCCAGUGGUCAGCUGCCGAGAAUGCCGGUUUCACCGGACCUGGCGUGAAGCCCUGGAUGUCUAUCAACACCGAUUAUGUGCGGGUCAACGCCGAAGCGGAAGUCAAGGAUCCCAACUCAACAUAUCAUUACUGGGCGACUGUGCUAAAACUUCGCAAGAAGUACCUCGAUGUCUUUGUGUAUGGCAAUUUCACACUUUUGGAUAAACCAAGCCAAGAGGUCUUUGCGUAUAUUCGCCAAUACGGCGAUCAGAAGAUCCUGGUUGUGUGUCACUGGACAGAGAAGACCCUGGAAUGGGAUGCGGCCAGCAACGGUAUCACUGGCGUGAAGCAAGUCUUGCUCAACACUUAUGAAGGUGUUGAGUUGGCUUCUCAGCGGUUCUCCGGUGAAAAGUGGUCACUUCGGCCGUACGAGGCUGUUGUCUUGCUGCUCUGA